GAGUGUGGUGAUGUCUCUUAUGGCCCAAUCUGUAAAAAUAUUGGUUUGUUAGAAGCAUAAUAAAGCUUAGAUUUAUAUAAAUAAUUGCAAAAAUUCAAUUAUUAUCGUUGAAAGUUUAUUGCUUCAUUUACUUCUGAACGUUUACUCCAUGAGCUAGUUUGUGACCCAAGAAUUAUAAUGGGCACAAAUUUACCCCGUAACUUUUCGGUAAUUACCGGUGAACUGUGUAAUCUUCUUUACAAGAAAGCAUACGAUAGAGAAAGAAUAAACUUGCUUAUCGAUGAGCUUAAUGCAAAACCUUAUAAAGCUGAGUUGUUUGUUAAAAAACAGGAUGCACUGACGUUGAUAACAGCACUAUGCUCAAACAUCAUACCUACUGAUGAAGUUUUAGCUGCAAAAACCUCCCAUCUAAUUAAUAGUAUUGUUACAAAGCAAAACUUGCAAUUGGACUCAGAUUAUGUGCAAAAAGUGGCGUUUUGGCAUAUUCAGUGCUUCAAGACAUGCUCUGACAUGGUUGUACCUGAUUUACUUCACAAUAUUCAGUGUAUUAUUCAGUUAAAUGCUGCUGCGGCUCAAAAGUUUUCAGACGAAUUUAUAGGCAGCCAAGGAGUUUUAAAUAGGUUUCUCGACACAAACAAAUGUAGCAUGACCACAACACAAAACCAGCUCCAUCUCUGCCUCAGUGCCUUAAAAUGCAUGUGUACAAUAACUUCAGUGCCAGAUGAAAACAAGACAUCUGAACAACCGAUUUUGAGCUCUGAUUUAAAGGAACAAGUAUCACAACUAGUUGUUAACUUUUUGUUGAGAAUAACAAAAGGGCAAGAUGAAUAUCAGUAUUGUAAAGUGGUUGUUACUGCAUUGAGAGUGCUGUCUCAAAUACAUUUCAAUGACCAGAAUGUAUGUAUUCCACUACCAGAACUUAUGGGUAUUUCUCGAUACUUCCUUGUCUAUGGUCUUGUGGUUCAGGGUCUGAAACCUGAGAAGAUCAUGCCAGCACAACAAACCAUUGCAGCUGUACCUAAUACUAUAAAUCGGAAUCCAAAAGGUGGUAAGAAACAAAAACUGAGAAGGCAGAGAAACAAUGCCAUUGAAAGUUUGAAAAAGGAAAUACCGGUAUCAGAAAAGAGUCUAAUGAGAGAGGUGGAUACUUUUGAAAACAAUUCAACAUAUCGACCGGCUAGUCAAAACUAUUUGGAGCCUCAGAAAGGCAGGAACUAUUGGGUGCUGACCAGCGAUUCUGAUGCUUCAGACGUUGAGAGCAGUAGAGAAGCUAAGCUGGUUGCUUUGAAGUCUAGAGUGAGGCAGAGUGCUGCUAAUCUCUUAUUAGUGUUAAUAAGGGUAACGGAAAAGCGAGACAUGUUCGGAUACUGGUGGGCCCUCCUACCUGAUUCACCAGAAGUCGACAACUGGAGCGCAACAGACGCUGCUAGGAAGACCCUAGCCUACUGUGCGGUCACUGACCCCACUUCGAAUAACAGGGCGAGCGUACUGAGCGUGAUAUUGGCGCUGCUUUCCGGGUCUAGGAUGUAUUUGUCGCAGGCUGAAGUUAGUAAAAAAGACAACGCUUCCUUCAUCCCCUUCUCCGUAUCACUCGGCUUCAUGAUCGACUGUAUGCACAAAGUGUUAACUAGCAUAUUGGACAGCGAGCGAAGCCACGCGGUCAUACUAGUCGCGCUUAAAUGCUGCGCGGCGCUGCUGCAGGCCACGCCGUAUUAUAAAAUGAGGACAGGACUUGUGAGCGAGCUGGUUAGAGCGUCCAGGAAAUUCCUGGUGCACAAGGAUGUAACAUUGCAAGUCGGGGCCCUAAUCACCAUGGGAUGUGUUCUCUCUAUUGAUCCCAAAGUAGACGAGGUACUAAAAUCUAUAGAAAAAGACACAGCUCAAGCAAAACCUGUUAAUCAAAUACACAAAGAAAAUGAUACUAAUGAAGAAUGUGAUGAUUUUGAAGAAGGAUAUUCUGAUGAUGAAAUGUUUACUGCAGUGGAACAACAAUGUAUAGAAGAAAUAUGUGAAGAGAAAAAUGUACAUUAUUUCAAAAGUUGGAUUUUAGAUAUAUGCUUUAGAAAUAUGGGUUGGAGUUUCAAGGAUAAUGAAGUUAUUAAAUGUAAGCCCUCAGCGAUCCCUGUGAUACUAGAAUCUCUACAAGUCCUCUCAGCCAUAGCGUUCCACCACCUCCGGGACUUGCUACAACCGCACUUGACACUGUUAGCGGACGUUCUGGUCGAGAUGUUGCAACACGAGCACCAGGAUGUCACGUUACAUGCAGCGAAAACCGUUAGCAUUAUUGGAGAUGCUAUACAGAAACUGGAACAAUCAAAUGAAUCUCCACCCGUGAGCCAAUGUAUGUACAUGUGGCAGAAACUACUAACGCCGCUGUCAACCGUGCUACAAUGUCACGAUAAUCCCCAGUGCAAGGCCACGGUGUGUGACUGCAUUGCUAAUAUAGGCGAGCGGUCGUUUAAGGAGUUACCGCGACAUUUACAAGUACUAUGCUGCACCCUACUGGUGGGUUCGUGCAGCGACGAAGAGGCGGCGGUGCGAGCGGCCGCGGUGCGCGCCCUCGCUAUGACCGUCAUGUUCCGGACACUCAGAGAAGAUAUCGGUUUCGUGAGUGACUGCGGGGAGAAUAUACUACGUGCUCUAGCGGAGUCGUCAUUGGUGGUUAGAACAAAAGGCGCCUGGGCGCUAGGAAACCUGAGCGACGCGCUCGUCUUAAAUGUGGAUGAUCCGGAGAUAGACGAUAUCGACGAUCGACUCUUGCUGCGUCUGCUGGAGGUCAGCAUAAAGUGUGCUGCUGAUAAUGAUAAGGUCAAGAUGAGUGCUAUGCGGGGACUUGGCAACAUACUGCGCCUAAUAAAACAGACCAAUCUGCAACGGGACCCGCAAUUCAAGGUGUUAUGCGAAGCGGCAAUAGCGAAACUUUUGGAGUGCGCGUGCAAAGUGAGCAACAUGAAGGUGCGGUGGAACGCUUGCUACGCGAUGGGGAAUGCUAUGAGGAAUGAGGAUUUGUUCACUUGUUUUAGUGGAUGGCAGAGCCAAGUCUUCCAAAACCUCUGCACCCUCACCCGCGACUGCAAGAAUCUCAAAGUGCGCAUCAACGCAGCGGUAGCACUGCGCGCCCCGACCACCAGAGCGCAAUAUGGCGAACUGUUCCCGCUCGUGUGGCGAGGCAUCAUGGCGGCAAUGGAGAACGCGGCUAAUGUGGAUGAUUUCACCGAGUACAGGCAUAAGGAUAAUCUGAUUGAACAGCUCAGCGUCACGCUAGCCCACCUCUGCUGCCUCCUAAAGCAGACCGACUUGCCCGAUAUCCUGGACCCCCUCAUCUUCCACUUCGACUGCGCCAAGUCCCUCUUCACCCAGCUCUGCCACAAACUGCCGCCCGAGAACACCUCCUGUCUCAGGAUCCUGGAGGCUGCUAAGUACGUGACAGUAGAUUUGACAGCCGCCAACGAUACGCAGUCUCAGUCGCUGAGUAUGCUGCAGGAUAUAUUUAUUUGGGAUAUGUGAGCAACUGUCUAUAGACCGACCGCUUAAAUG